AUGAUUGCUUUGAUUCUCGAACCUGUUGAGCUUGGAAUGACUGUUAUUGAGCAGGAUAGCGACGUUUGGACCAUUCAACGUUUAUCGCCACAAUUAUGGGAAGAGGUUUGCAAGAAAAAGAGUGAAGUGCAAUGGACUGAUUUGAUGGAUUGGGCCUUAUGUAAACUGCAAAACUAUGGUAUCACCAAGGACGACAUUGCCAAUAAUCUGAAAGAGAUCCCUUUUACGAACGAGAUGCGACGUGUAUUGUUGGACUUGAAGGAAAGACAUAUCCCGGUUAUAUUAUUAUCAGAUGCCAACCGCUUUUACAUAGAUGCAAUCUUAACGAGCGUUGGUGUCAUAGAUUGUAUCACAGAAAUUGUUACCAAUCCAAGCUAUAUUGAUGAUCAGGGUCGAUUACGAGUUCGGCGUCAUGUUCCAGUCGAUGCACCUCAGCAUAACUGUCCAAACGAGUGUGCUGCUAAUUUAUGUAAAGGUCAGGAAAUGGAUCGACUUAUAGAGAAAUAUAGUAAAAGGUUUGAUCUGGACCACUCCGAUAAUGCAUUCAAAGUCGCCUAUGCAGGCGAUGGCAAAAAUGACUUUUGUGCGUCUACUCGAUUGAAGCCAUGCACGGACAUUUUCUUUAUGAGAAAGGGGAAAGGAUUGGAUGAUUACUUGAAUAAAAGACCCGAAGAAAGAAACAAAAUCCGCUCUAUGGUGGUAGACUGGUGGACCCCCCAAACUGUCAUGGAUGUGAUGCCGAAGUAUUUUGACGGUACAUUUCGACCACAGCAGCAGCUUUCCCGAGGAGAGAGCAACGAACAUUUAGCGAAUGAAGAGCAUGAAGAGAAAGCCACAACAGCUUUCGAUACAACGUCAGCAAAGAUUUCUGAUGCAACAACGUGCAAAGCAUGA